ACAAAUUAUUAUUAUUAUAUAAUAUUCAUAACUUGAAACAGAGAGAAAAAGAGGAUUUUUGGGAUUUGCAUCCAUAGAUUUCUUUUGCAUUUUUUCGUUACUUUCUAUGUUUUGAUUUGCAUUCUCCAACCCAAAUGUUUUUUCUUGUAAAUUCUGUUACUUGAUCGUAAAUUCAACCAAACAAAGAGAGAUAGAGAUAGAUAGGAUCUGAUACAUUCGUGCUUUUGAUGAGUUGAUGAGUGAUAAAUGUUCAUGCUAUGGUGUUGAAGAAGAGACUUGGUAAUGGAUUCAGGGACUAUCAGGUCCCUAAGGUACCUAGAUGUCCAAGAUCUGUAAGAAGGACGGUUGCUUUCAAGAAACCAGUCGAGGAUGGCCACUCUUGUGCUUUUGAACUACUUGCAUCUUUAGCCGGCGAGUUGCUGAAGGAGAGUGAAAGUUCCGCUUCUAGCAAUGCAUCUGAUGUUAAAACGUUAACAGAAGAGCGAUUUCGAAAUGGAAGUUGUGAAGAAAAGAGCAGUGAGAAACAUCUCCAGAGUGCUGGGACUGAUUGUAUACUAGAAUGUAUUUCUGCUAACAAUAAUGUGCAGUCUGAAAUUUUCAAAUUGGAGAAUAGGUUUGGAAAUCAUUCUAAUACUAAUAGAUUAGUAGAAGUUCCAAACCAUCAUGAGGCUGACAGUUCAGGCUUCAAGCGAUUAUCUGCUGUUCAUUCUCCUUCUUUAGCCAACUUGAGCGGUAACAUUAAAUCCCCAUUUUGUGGGGAAUUGUUUCCCAAUGCUUCCUUUUCAAGGAAUGGGAGGAAUGAUAGUAAGUUAGGUUUUAUUGAUGAUGACGAAAACUUUAUUAGGUGCAACAAAGUUUGCACCAAACCGAAGGCUUUUAGACCUUCACGAUACAUUGCACGCAAAAUAAUUAGGAAGCGGUGGACUUCCAAUUCCAAACACUGGAAGGUUGCUCCAAAGUUGAAAGAUUUUGAACUUUCUCGUUAUGAUAAUGGAAUGCGACCCUCGAGUCAUAAGAGGAAGACUUAUUACAAUUUCGAAAGAUCUCAGUGUCACACUCUUUUGAAGAGGAAGAAAUUAUCAGACAGGGGUUCGAUGCUAACUCAUGGUGGAGGAUUCAGCAAUGAGAGUGUAUCCAAUUCACCUAAGAAAUUAAUUGGAGGAAAUAACCGUAGCUCAUCUGCAAAAGUUCGUGUUUCUAAGGAUUCUAAUGUAAAGUUUCGCAUCGAGUCAUUCAGGAUUCCAGAACUUUACGUUGAGGUUCCCGAAACCGCAACUGUUGCUUCAUUAAAGAGGACAGUCAUGGAGGCGGUGAUGACUAUAAUAGGAGGUGGGGUGCAUGUUGGUGUUCUUGUUAAGGGAAAAAAAGUUGGAGACGACAACAGAACUCUUCGUCAGACUGGUAUAUCUUGUAAAGAAAAUAUAGAUAAACUUGGUUUCGUGUUGGAGCCUAGCUCUUCUCAAGCUUCUCCAGUUGUCUGUGCUGGUGAUCCUUCUCACUGUGUAGCAUCUCAGCCUACCAGGUCUCUAGGAACUCCCUCCAUAGAUUCAGGGAUUUCUGUUGCCAAACAGGAUUCCUCCCUGCAUACAAAUACUGGCGGUGACCUUGUUGGCAUGAACCAUGAAUCAGCUUCUUCCCUUGCUGACACUAUAUCUGAUAAACUUGACAUUAUAUCUGAUAAACUAACACAAGAUUCCGGAGCGCUGGUUUCUGUUCCAGCUCAUAGCACUGAGGCGUUAACUGUUGUUCCCGUGAAUCAGAACACUGGACCAUCCGAGCUUGUACAGCGUCGAACCAGGAGACCAUUUUCUGUGUCUGAAGUUGAAGCACUUGUUCAUGCAGUUGAGGAAGUUGGAACUGGAAGGUGGCGUGAUGUAAAGUUGCGAUGUUUUGAGAAUGCAGACCAUAGGACUUAUGUAGACUUGAAGGAUAAAUGGAAAACUUUAGUGCACACUGCAAAAAUCUCUCCUCAACAAAGGAGAGGACAGCCAGUUCCUCAGGAGCUAUUGGAUAGGGUUUUGGCUGCACAUGCUUACUGGUCUAUCCACCAAUCCAAGCAGCAUGUCAAGCAUCAAACCAAUGUUGUCCAACCACUUGUGAUUAUGUAGAAAGACAUGAAUUAACGUUGUUGACUUGUAACUAUGGUAAACAAACCUGUACAUUUGUUUCAUAUUCAUGUUAUGUCCUUCCUUACCAAAUUCUUUGCUGGCCUUGAAUUUAAACAGGUUGGCAACUUGUAAUUAAAUAAGGAACUAGAUUGUUGAAAUGUAACUGGAGUUUGUGUUCUUUUAUUUUUGUAAUUAACAAAUUUCAUGCAUGUA